AUGGAAUUGCUUUCUUCCCCCAGCUAUCAUCAUAUAUCCCCACUUGCCCGCUCCCGAAGUGAUGUUCGUUCACCGUCAAUGAAACGAUCAAACUCUUUCUCCGGAACCCCUGUAGCUCGUUACAGUUCUCAGAACCGUAUUUCGUCUCCAAGUUAUGGAUACGGAGGUGGAUACAUGUCACGCAGUCUCUCUAAAUGUGGAUCUACUCUGUUCGGACGAUCCUUGGCUGCAUCUGCUUUAACAACUACCGCUCCUUUGCAUAACGUUGGUGUACAGAGAAGUACUCCUCACUAUAUGGAUAAGUAUCCUUAUGUUAGAUACAGCUAUGGAAAUAGCGACACAGGAGCAGCUCUUCUCACACAAUCCGACUCUAUCUACCCCUCAAGAGGGGGAAUACGCGAUAUGGGAACGAAGAGAUGGUUAGAAGGAAGACUUAACACCUAUAAUACAGGUUUAUUCACUAAGCCAGACAGACGCUCACAGUCUGCUCGUCCUCCUGUUUCCACUUCUGCUUCAAAGAGUUACAUCAGAUAUAUGCCUCUCGACGACGCAGUAGAUAUGUACAAAAAACGAUGCAUGACUGUUGGCACGUUGUCCAAGUACUGGCUCUCUCCAGCAACUUGGGCUUCUCGACGCGAAAAAGAGCUGAAUCUCUCCUCGUCUUUGAGUCGUGGAAAUUACUCAUAUUCGAAUCGAUUUGAUAGAUUCAGCAGCCGUCUUUAUUGA